AUGCAGACACUUCAAUCCACGCCGACACCGUACCGGACAGAUUACGCUGCGGCAAUACACGAGAUCCUGACAGACCCUUCCGCCGCGGUUCGCCUCUUUGCCAACCUGUACCGGGCUGCCAUCAUCGCGAAGGACGAGCCCGCCUAUGAUCUACUGAGAGGAUGUGCUGUUUGCGUAGCUUUGGAGCACGUUGAACUAGGCCUAUCAAUAAGACAGGCUGGCAUAGCGAAUCUAUCCGCGACAGGUCUACUUGGCCUAUUAUGUGGCUUUUUCACGGAACCACAAAUACUGGAUCUACCCGCCGAUAUCGUCGAUGUGGCAUUUGCCGCGAUUGGCAAGUUCGCCAUCCUGAUUCGUAACUUCGGCGAUGACGAAACGAAGUCUCAAGCUCUGAACACCAUUCGUACCGAGCCGAUACGGACGUUAUGGAACUCUCGCCGCCACGUACUGUGCGCCCCCUCUGGACCGCUUCUGCUACGCACUCUCAAUCUCCUUACGACUUACCGAAGACGCUUCGCAGUCUCGCAAUCGGACUUCUCGACCGCGGCCGUACUAGAGGACGUUCACAUAUACUUCUUCUGUUGGAUACAUAUGACGGAGGAGCAGGGCACUUCGGAACAGCCUCUCAACAGUCUAGUUGAGCUCGUUCGGCCGAAGGAUGAAGUGUGGGAUGGGGAACGAGUAUUCGCUUUGUUCUCAGACGACUCGCAAGUCAUGAGGAUGAUCAUCGAAGAGCACGGCGAAGAAGCGAUCCUUCGCCGUAUCAGGAUCGCGACGGACGUUACCGCCAGUGAUAUUGCCCGAGGCCGCCACACAAUAUUACACGCCUGCUUCGACCGAUCUCUCAUGAUCUCGACGCUGAUACGGUUGCUUGCCUUAGUUCAUGGGUCCAAGAAGUUCUCAGGAGUCGCCGGGGAUCUCCUGUGUAGUCAGCUUCGUCUUCAGGACAUGAUACGACAGUGCCAACGCGGGUCGAUACAGAAGCCUAGGAAUCCUACGUUCGAGAUGAUACAUCGGGAUAUGGCGUACAUGUCCUGCUGGUCAUCUAUCAGUACUGUUCUCACAACUAUAUACAUCACAGACCAACAAGCGGGAACGCCUGGCACCUUUCUCGUUUUGUCACCCGAUCGUUUCUCUUCGGUUCUUAAGCGUGGACUUGAGCUGCUCUUCGAAGAGCUGUUUCUUCUGUCAGAAAGACACUUGGAGGAUCUGGUGACUAUCUUUGAUCAGCAUCCUUCCACUUCAGCCCCCGGGCAGUUCCUCACCAGCUUCAAAGACGUUGUUGGGCUACGAUUAUGGUCUUUGUCCGUAGCCGCACUGAGAGGUCUUGCGUCUAAGCAGAAGACAUCGCCUGCUGGGGCGCUUGCGGGUUCCCUCGCUCAAAGCUUACACGACUGGGGUCAUGCCUCCGGCCUCGGCGCCUUGGUGGCCAAUCGCUCGGAGUUGGACGCACGGAUUGCGCAUUACUGCUCCUGGCGCGGGUGUGCCCACUUUUACCGUGAACCGACAGAGCGAGCGCUCUCAACCUGUCGUGGAUGUGGCCAAGUUUGGUAUUGCGGGAAAGAGUGUCAAAGACUUGAUUGGAGACAGGGCGGUCACAGGGAAGCUUGCAGGCGCCUGAAUGGACCGUGA